AUGAUGAUUGAGCCUUGGAUUCAGGAAGAGGAGGUUGAGAGCUUAAAGAAAUUGGCCUCCUUUCUCAGAACAAAGCUCGCCGGAGAAGACGGCGGCGCGGCGGUCGCCGGAGUCACGGUGGCCGAUCAUCGAAUCGAUGAAGGGGUUUGGUUGCGGUUGAUGAGAGGAGUUCAGUGCUGGCGUUGGUUUCUCCAAAAACUUAAUGGUUCGCCGGAGAUCGGAGGAAAAAGGUGGCGGCUAGGGUUUUGGUGGUGGCUCUCAUGGAGAGGAAAAACAGAACAUGGACAGUGGUGGUUGCUGCGUGAAGGAGGCAUAGAGGUGGUGGUGCUCGCGGUUUUGGCUCGUGGUGGUGUUGUUGUUCCAGACAUGUUGGGAAGAAGAAAAUGGUGAGGAGGAAGAAGAGAAGUUGCAGACAAGCUUCAGAGAAAGUGUUCUGCAGCUUUUGUUUUUGAGAGAAAGAAAUCAGAAUAAUAAAAGAAAGAGAGAUAUUUUUCUUUUGUGGGAGAAAGAGGGAGAGAAUCGUGAGUGAGAAGGGAGAGUGUGGAGUGAGGAA